CGCCGGCCCAGAACACGCGGCGGUUUGCUUCGAGAAAUUUCUCCAGUGGAAAGUGGCGGAAUCCAUGCACAUUCUGUGUCUUCAGUUUGUGGAGCUGCUGAAGAGUGUGGUCUAAGGAGAAUGAGUUCCUAUGAAAUCCCCAAACAGGAAACAAAGUUCUGAUCCGUCAACGCAUGCACAGAAGAACAUCAUUUCCCACGAUUCAGUGCGAUUCCAAUGCUUGGUUGAAGAAUACGUCAAUGCCUUGUUUAUUUCUGAAGACAAGAUGUUGGAAAUUAGUAGUCAGAUAUCACAGGAAAUGGAGAAUGGACUGAGUAGAGAAUUACACAGUGCUUCUACUGUGAAGAUGCUACCAACAUUCGUCCGGGCUUUACCAGAUGGCACGGAAAAAGGAGAAUUUGUUGUGCUUGACUUUGGUGGAGCCAGUUUCCGUAUCUUGUUGGUGAGAUUGGGUGUCGAUAAAAAAUGUAAACUGUUAAUCAAACCAGAGGUCUUUACAGUCUCACAUGAAAUCACGCAGGGCACAGAAGUGCAGCUCUUUGACUACAUCGCUGCCUGUCUUGCCAAAUUCAUGGAGAAACAGAAAAUCAAGGAAAUGAUACUGCCCCUUGGAUUUACUUUCUCAUUUCCCUGCAAACAGACAAAACUUGAUGAGGCGAUUCUGAUCAGCUGGACCAAAGGUUUCAAAAUCAGUGGAGUUGAAGGCAAGGAUGUUGUGCAACUCCUGCAAGACUCCAUUCAACGCAGAGGGGAUUACAAAAUUGGUCCAGUGGCUGUGCUCAAUGACACUGUCGGAGCUAUGAUGAGCUGUGCCUACGAAGAUUCGAACUGUGAGAUUGGACUCAUUGUGGGGACAGGCACAAAUGCUUGUUACAUGGAGGAAAUGCGGAACAUUGAGAUCGUUGAAGGGGACGAAGGACGGAUGUGCGUGAAUAUAGAGUGGGGGGCGUUCGGAUCGGAUGGCUUUCUGAAUGACAUCCGGACAGAGUUUGAUCUGGAGCUGGACAGUAUUUCCGUGGUACCUGGAGCUCAGAUAUUUGAGAAGAUGGUAAGCCAUAAGUAUUUGUGUGAGCUUGUCCGCCUCGUUAUGGUGAAAUUGGUCAAUGAAAAUGUUCUUUUUGGUGGAAAGGCAACACCAUACCUGAUGAACAGUUGGAAUCUUGAAAGCGAGCUGAUUUGUGAAAUCCAAAGUGAGACAGGGCAAUUUGAAAAAGUGAUGAACUAUCUGAGGAAAUAUGGGGAAGAUCCCAGUGAGCACGACUAUGUGACUGUGAAGAAGAUCUGCCAUGCAAUUUGCGAUCGCUCUGCCAGCUUAUGUGCUGCCAGUCUCAUAGCAGUCUUAAUCAAAAUAAAAAAAAACAGGGGUCUUCCUCAGUUCAAGAUCACCGUUGGCGUGGAUGGAACGCUCUACAAAAUAAAUGCAAUGUUCCGAGAGAAGUUGCAUUCUACUGUUAAAUUGAGUGUUCCAGAUGCUGAGGUCAAGUUUCUUCUCUCUAAAGAUGGCAGUGGUAAGGGUGCAGCCAUGCUUACAGCUGUGGCCUCCCGAUUGGCUGCACAGCGUGUUCAGAUCAACAAAGUCCUCAGCCCAUUCAUAAUAAGCGAAGAACAGCUCGUUGAUAUACAGAACAGGAUGAGGAAGGAGAUGGAAAUGGGUCUAAAGGCUGAGACCCAUGAAAUGAGCUCGAUUGCUAUGUUGCCAUCAUUUGUACGCGCUUUACCUGAUGGUUCAGAGCGAGGCAACUUCCUAGCGCUGGAUCUAGGAGGCACUAAUUUCCGUGUCUUAAUGGUGAACAUUUCCAGUCCUGAAGAGGGAGGAAUUGAGAUGAAGAGUGAGAUCUACAGCAUUCCUCAGAACGUGAUGCAAGGUGCUGGAGAGCAGCUUUUUGAUCAUAUUGUGGAUUGCAUCAUUGACUUUCUGCAGAAGUUGAACAUGGAGGAAGGAUCUCUGCCACUGGGAUUCACGUUCUCUUUCCCCUGUAAACAGACCAGACUGGAUGAGGGCUAUCUCAUGCAUUGGACCAAGGGAUUCAGUGCGACAGACGUUGUAGGAAAUAAUGUGGUAGAACUGCUGCGAAUGGCCAUUUCUCGCAAACAGACCUUUGGUUUGGACGUUAUUGCCCUCGUUAAUGACACAGUUGGAACGAUGAUGGCUUGUGCUUACGAAGACCCAAAGUGUGAAAUUGGCCUGAUUGUGGGAACCGGCACCAAUGCAUGUUACAUGGAGGAAAUGAGGAACAUUGAGUUGGUGUCUGGUGACGAAGGACAAAUGUGCAUCAAUAUGGAGUGGGGAGCAUUUGGGGACAACGGUUGUCUGGAAGACUUGAUCACAUCAUUUGACAAAAAUGUGGAUAGUCAGUCUCUGAAUACAGGACUGCAGACGUAUGAAAAGAUGAUCAGUGGUAUGUACUUGGGUGAAAUUACCCGAAAUAUUCUCAUCGAAUUGACUGAAAAAAGAAUCCUCUUCCGUGGCAAGGUCUCUGAACGUCUAAAAACACGAGACAUCUUUACGACAACCUUCCUCACACAGAUUGAAAGUGAUAGCCUCCAGCUGUUGGAAGUCCGUUCAAUCCUUCAAGACCUGGGAUUGGAAAGCACGUGUGACGACAGCAUCAUUGUGAAGGAGGUGUGUCAGACCAUCUCUAAACGAGCAGCUAAUCUCUGCGGAGUUGGCAUUGCUGCUAUCGUGGAGAAAAUAAGAGAAAACCGAGGACUGGAAGAACUGACAGUCACUGUCGGGGUGGAUGGCACUUUGUACAAGUUACACCCACAUUUUUCCAAGAUUGUGGAGGAUACAGUGAAGAUGUUGGCCCCAAAGUGUGUGGUUAAUCACCUGCAAUCACAUGAUGGCUCAGGCAAGGGUGCGGCACUUAUUGCGGCAGUGAUGAAGCGAGAGAAAGAUACACUCUGAAUGUGGCACUACUUAUGUUUGCACAUGUGAAUUCGUUGGAAAACCUGCAGAGUAAACACAACAUUGAAGCCCAUGCGAGUGUCCCAGGACUUACCUAUAUAAUUUAUUGGAAAAAUGGGAGAAAGAUUGUGUAAAUAUUGUUUGUGGUUCAAAACACCUGGUUUGUACUUCUUGCUGAAGCUGUUUAAAUGUUCCAGAACCUAAUUUCAUAGUUUGUGCUUGUUCAAUGUAGUGUUUGUCUGUAGGAUAUUAAAAUCAAUUGUUAGAUAUGUAAUGUGUUUAAGAGCUAUCACACAAAUAAUUCUUUAAUAACAUUUAAAUUUUGCCAGAAAGUUCCAUUGAAGCACCCAAGAAAUUUCAGGAGCAAUCCAGGAUCAAAGCAUAAUUUGAGUGCCACAGACUGUAAUUGGCGCCCCCACAGACACAUUAAUUGGAAAACCACCAGUAUAAAUUCAAGCCUAUGUAAAUUACCCAGAGUCACAUGAUGCAGAAAUGCUGUACAAUUGUCAUUAGCGUCAUGAGCACAGUCACAGACUACACAAUAAAAGGAAAGCUGCUCCACUCCUCCCUCCAGCCUUGUAUCACGAGUCUGACUCCACACCUAAUUUCUGUUUUCAUAUCUGCAUUAUAAUAACAAACGUUUGCUUUUAGACAAUGCCCUUCACAUAGGAUAACAUCUCUUUUGAGAUAGCGAUUUAGGAGGAAGGACUGUCGAACAUUUACCUGAUUUUACUCCAAUCUUGUGUCAUUCAUCUGCCUCCAAGCUUAACUUUUGUGUUAAUAGCAAAACUCUACGAACACGCAACAACAACAACUUGCAUACAUAUAGUAUCCUUCACAUGGGCAAGGUGGGAGUGCAGAAGGAGAUAAGUGACAAAACAUGGGUGUGAAGGCAGACCAGUGUGCAAGGCAGAUGUGAAGAUAAACUCGUGACACAAAUUCCCUACACCACUUGAAUGAAAGAGAAGUCUUCAAUUUGCAGCACGAGUUUUGUCUCCUCAGGUGUGUCACCUGUCUGUACACUCGCUUUGGGUUACCUGUCUGCCUUGUGUCAUUGAGUCAGCAUCUCCACACUAAUGCCACUAAUUACUUCUUCAUACCAGCAUUUUUGUGUCCCUCACCUUCACACCCAUCUGUGUCCCUAUUAACUGUCUCUGGAAUGCAAUUGAAGGAAUUACACUUAUCUCCAGUUUAGCCUUGUGCCACAAAUAUCUCUGCACCCACUUGAAUUAAUUCUUCUCUUUUCACAACCGUCUGAAGUCUCCACAUACACCUUUUGCCCCCAUUUCUCACUGCAUACAUGCAAUAUUGUCUGCUCCACAUGAGCAUUGUGCUUCCAUCUCCAUCCUAUGCUACUACCCUCUGCUUCAAUGGUCCCUGGCUCACUUUGUGUUAAAAUGCCCACUCAAUAAUCCAUAUGUACAGUUGUGUCCAAUCUAUCUCCACACCUUGUGUUACUAUAGACACCUUGUGCAGGUCUUCACACCUGCCUUGUGUCACUGGUUUGCCUUCGCACUCAUGUUUUGUCUCUUUAUUUCCUCCACUCCCAUCUGGUGUCACUCGUGCCUGACACAUUAAUCUGUCUUGUAACACUGGUUUCUGUUUCCACACUUGCUUUAUGUCUCUAGUUUUGACUCUCUUCCCUUCCUCCUGCCCCACUUUACUCACACACACACACACACACACACAGAGUAGCUGUGCCAGAAACACCCAUUGUGACGGUGUGUGAGCGUGCUCACAAUAUUUAGAAAUCUGUUGAAAGGUAGUUUGUUUGCUGUUAGUUGUGGUUCUUGGUUAUAAGUUUUAAUUUGCUAUUGUUUUUGUGAAUUAAUGUUGAAAAAUAAAGGUUCAUUUACCACCA